GCUUGUCCAGAAUUGGCGCUCGGUAUUUAUUCUAACGACUGCGCCCUGGCUCUGUGAAGGACUCUAGUGCCGCUUCCCUUGCCUUCAAAGCAACGGGUGGUAAAGGAGAGCUUUGUACCGUCAGUGACUGGCGUGUGAAUUGGGAGGGAAGCUUAUUUGAAAGGAGUUUUCAUUCAGUUUGAAGGCGAGAAAGUCUGGAAUGUACCGCCGACUGCCAGAGCGAGAGAUUACAUUGUUGUUAACACAAUUUAAAACACCGCUUCGAGAGCCACGGUCUUUGAAGGGGCUAUUCUUCAUAAACUGCAAAAACUGCGAUGGGAGGGAUUUUGGCGUCGCGGCACAGCCAACGUAUAGCUGCUAAACCUUAACGCUCAAAGGCAAUGGGUUUGUAUCCAACUGGUAUUAAUUCCAGCAUCUGCUCCUCGUGGAAACAUGAUCCAGGAAUAAAGAAUGUUUAAUGUCGGUAUAGAUGGAAGAACAUCAAGACCCUGUUCAAAGAACCUAGAGGAUUUCGAUUCUGUGCGCAGCGUGCUUCUCUACAGUGACCUGGAGCCUGAAUGGUUGGAUGAUGUCCAAAAGAAUGGGGAGCUCUUCUAUUUGGAGCUGAGUGAGGGAGAGGAGGAGGUCGCUCUCGCCCAGUCCGGCGCCGCGCAGGGCCCUGCCGCCAACCAUGUGCGUUUCAGCGACAAGGAAGCCGAGAUCAUCACGGACGGCAAGAGGCGCAAGGAGGGGGCGAAGCUGGAGCCGAAACUGAAACGGCUGGCCAAGAUCCUGAGGAGGAAACGCCUCUCCCGGAGGUGGACGGACGAUGAUAAAGGCCCUUCUGGGUGCCAGAACGCAAGCCAGUCCUCCCAGCCGGCUUCGAUUCUCAAGAACCAGUCCAGUCAGAGGCCGGGGGUUCUCGUGCAGCAACAGCUGAAGGAUGUCUGCGUUUAUGUGAACCCUAAGAGGUUGGGGAACCUGUUAUCAACGGAGGGGAGUCGUCUGCUGGAGUCCUUGCUGGGGAUUGUUUAUCAUCCUUCUUGGGCCAGAAAGGUAGUCGGUAAAGGAGAGGAGCCAGAAGCAGCCUGUGCUGAAGAAAGGCUUGCUGUGCACGGACUGGUGCCAGGCAGUCCAGCAAUUAAAUGUGGACAGAUUCUGAUAGGAGACGUUCUCGUAGCGGUCAACGAUGUCGAUGUCACGUCGGAGAAUAUUGAAAGGGUCCUGUCCUGCAUCCCAGGGCCUACACAGGUGAAGCUAACGUUUGAGACCGCCUCCUUCGAUGCUGAAGGGACUGACUCCGAGCAUCUCAACCGUAAACCGUCGCAACCUGUGAGCAACCUGGUCAAGCUUUUGUGGGGUGAAGAUGCCGUGGAACUCCAGAUGUCUAUCGGCAACAUUCCUCACAUAGUAAUGUACCUGUCCCUCAAACUGGACUCGGAGUCUCCAAAAGAGGAACAAGAAAUUCUCUACCAGUAUCCGGUAUCUGAGGCCUCUAGGCAGCUGAAGGGAGUAAGGGGAAUAUUUCUCACUCUCUGUGACAUGCUCGAAGGUGUGACUGGAGGACAGAUUGUCAGCUCUACACUGCUGCUGGGUAAGCACAUGGUCCAUGUGGGCUACUGGAAAGAAGGAGACAACCUGCUGGUCAUCGGCUUGCCUGCAGAAAGGGUUCCACUUCUACACCUGAAAAAUGUGGUUGGCGGUUUGGUCCGGACACUGAAAGUCAUGUACAGCUCCUUAGACAGUGCUUUCUGUGAGGCUGACAACAUGCCUCGAUUGGACCAUUUCUUCUGCCUGUUCUUCCAGCAGCUCAUCCAGCUGCCUAAGCCGAAUGGCAGCCCCAGCUCUCAGCCGCUCGAUAUUUCUAGUAAUUUGUUUUUGAACAGUUUGCCCGCAGUGCGCUGGCUGACAUUACCCCAGGAGAUCAAGGUGGAAAUCGAUACAGUUUUGUCUGAUUUUGAAUCAUCAGAUUUCGGAGACAUGUCUGAAGAUUACUAUGACAUGAGACGGCUUUAUGUGAUUCUGGGCUCGUGCUUGUUUUACAAGGGCUAUUUGAUCGGAAACCAUUUGCCAAAGGAGGACCUGCUGGACAUUGCACUUUAUUGUCACCACUACUGCCUGCUGCCCCUGGCCACAGAGCAGAGGAUCGGGCAGCUGGUGAUCUGGAGGGAGGUCUUUCCUCAACGCCAGUCUCAGCCCAGCGCGGAACCGGCCGCCCCAGGAUACAGCGAGCCAGACGGGCGCUGCUUUCUGCUCAUUGUCGGGCUGAGACACUUCAUGCAGUGCGUGCUGCUAGAGGCAGGAGGGUGUGCGUCUGCAGCCCUGGGGAACCCGGGACCGGACUGCAUCUACGUGGAUCAGGUGAAAGCCACCCUGCUCCAGCUGGAGGGCUUGGACAGGAGCAUCGAGGAGAGGCUGGCAGCCCCCCCCAUGCCCUGCCUGUCCUGUGCCGACUGGUUCCUCCCCUCCGGCCGGGAGAGACUGGACAGCAUCACCAGCUCCCCGGUCUUCGGCAAACUGCCCGGCUCCUCGAAGGCCACCUCGCCCACCGGCCGGAGGGUGCUGUUCGGGGAGCCGGCGCUGAGGACUCGCCGGCCCAGCCCGCAGAGGAGUCUUUCGGACAGCGGCAGCGAGGGCCCGCUCGACAACCUGUCCUUCAACCCGGGCCCGAGCCCCCACUCCACGCCCGACUCCACGAGGAAGCUGGGGCGCAGGGACUCGCAGGGAUCUGGGGGCUCCGACGGCAGUGCAGGCAGCGGGUCCCUGUUCAGGAUCACCAAGAAGAAGCACCCUAAUCCUUUCUACCUGGGGACGCUGAAAAAAAGCCUUAAUGAAAGAGAGACCGAGGAAAUGUAUAACACACUGAAGCUGACCUCUGGUGCCGAAAACACGCUGUUCCACUAUGUGUGCAUGGAGACGGUUCAGGGAAUCUUCAUCUCCCCCACCCACAGGGAGGUGGCGCAGCUGAGUGGCUCCAUCCACCCACAGCUCAUCAGGAACUUCCACCGGUGCUGCCUGUCCAUCCGAGCCGUGUUCCAGCGGAGCCUCCUGUCAGAGGACAGGAAGGCUGCGGAUGAGCUUCAGAACGUACGUGGUUUUGGGUCAGUGAAGGAGCACGGGGUUCUGUUCCAGUGCAAGCCCGAGAACUGGACCGACCAGAGGAAGCCUCCUCCUAGCAUGACCUACUGGGUUAUAGGAAGGAUGCUUCUCGAGCCUACUCCUCAAGAAUUCUACGUGUGCUUUCAUGACUCUGUGGCUGAGGUCCCAGUGGAGAUGGCAUUCCGGCUCUCUUUUGGUCUAGCCUCGUGAGGAAGAGACCUUGUUUACAAGCCCUCGAACUGUUUUUUUUUAUACACACCAUACGUUGCAGUUCCAGAAAACUAUUCUGCAAACUAGUUGGUAUCUGGCUGGGUUGUCAUUAUCUUGCAAGAACGCUGGAGUUACAAGAGCAGCACGAGGAUGUGUGUUCGUUCUGUUGCAAUCGGGAUUCUGCAGGAUGUGCCCGCAGGACUUGAUCAGUGUACCCCUGUGCAGUCAGGCUGCCAUCAAUCAGUACAAGGGAGUUCUUGCUGCUAGAAAAACACUUUUGAACUUAUUGAUUAAUCAAUGUGAAGAUUCAAGUGUAGUAGGUUUGAUCCCUGAUUUCAGGUGUUGGUUUGAGACUCACACCUAACCUUUUGACAGCUCUGUGUCUCUACAUACUGUAAUUUCAGGGUCUACUGUAUUAAAAUUGCUAAAGCCCUUCAACCUUUGUUUUACAGACAGGCUGUCUUAUAGUUCCAGAAAAAUUAUUGUGCUUAUCCUUAUAUUUAUUAUAUUUUUAUAUCAUGUCUUGAUAUAAAAAAGCCUAUCCAAUAGAGACAUAAAAUGUCUCUGUUUUACCUUAUCUUUAUUUAGGAGUAUGGCGUGGUGUGCAGAAAAGUAUUCAGAGCAAAUGAGGCCACUUCCUCAAACUAUGUUCUGUACGUGAACCCAUUCUGUCAUUGACCAGAUGUUUUAAGACAUCUUCUCCCUUUUGUACCAAAACAUAGAUGCUGUUGUAUUUUAUGAUGUAUUGUAUCAUGUGGUCAAUGAAGCCUCUUAAAAUUAACUACUUUGAAUUUUAUGUUGAAGAAAGCCCUUUUAUAUGCUAUUUAAACACUAUUUUGAGAGAAAUGUUUCCCUUUUUUGAAAUGUUGCUGUUUGUACCUCAUGUACCUCAUCACUGUUAAUUAAAAGCCAUUUUU